UCAUAACAUACACAAAUGUUUUCUAUGAUAAGCAUUCAUAAGCAUUCUAUCUUACUUUGUUUCGAACUUUACCAAUGUCAUCAUGAUAACGAAUGAAUUAAUGUAAAUUGUCUACCUAGCACGAUUCUUUCUUUUACAUUCCCCGCAAUUUCGAUAAAAACCUGGCAGCCAAGAGGAUUAAUAACUCACCCCUUAAAUCACUCGUACAGCUGUUGAAGUAACUUCUCUCCAGUUUCGAUUGCGUUAAAAAAUACGGUAACGUUUAGUUACACAAGCGUGUUAUUAACCUUGAAAAACACCAUUGAGAGAUCAGAAUUCUUAUUUCCAACUACAUCUUGCUUCAUGAACUCCGAUGCUCGAUGCGGAAUACAGGAUUUUCGCUACGAUGCACUAAGCUCUACAAUGUCAAAAUGUUCUUCUCUAUUAUCUUUACUGUUGUUCUUUUAUCUCGCUUCAUUUCUCAUGAACAAUACACGAUAUCUAUUACGCAAUUUGAAUACUCGGCUCUACAAUGUCACGUAAUGUUUUUCUAUAUUAACUACAUUCUUUGAUCUCUUUUGAUUUCUUGGAGACAACAUGACAUGUCUGUGACUUCAUUCGCCGCUUCCUUAAUAAUUAAUAGUAUUCAUGUUUGAGAAAACCAUAAAGCUUCCGGAAACAGUUGCAACCACAGUCUUCUACCAUCUGUUCUACCAUCUUAUUUCGGUUUGUUUCUCUACAUUUUUUGUUGUAUGAAAAUAUAGGUUUGUUCAAACUCUCCUGAGUGCCGUAUGCAUGAAUAAUAGAUCAAAGAAGAGAACGUAUGCACGUAAGUGGGCGUGACUGUCUUCGUGUACGCGCCACGAUAAAUCAUACGUCGAAUCGAAAUAAACGAAAGUAGUAGAGAGGAGUGUCAUUGAGAGGCAUACCUCACAGUAAAGUCUGCUUUAAAAAAAAUGCGCGAGAAGGUAGCAAUCGAGGAGUACGUACGGAAUUUUCUAGUGCAGGAGACGUUGUUGAAAGUAGUUGGUAUUUGGCCCACGAGAAACGGAUCCUCUUUCGGUCGAUGGAUUUUCGCGAUGAUGACGCAAAUCAGUACUAUCUACAGCCUGUCUCUGGAAGUUUAUCGUCACUGUCUCGACAUCGACGACACGAUGGAUGCGUUCGUCAUGGAUCUUUCUUCCAUCGUCAGCCUCGCGAAACUGUUCAUCAUGCGCCGGAAUUCGAAGCACGCUUACGUUCUUAUAAAUUCAGUUCUGAAGGACUGGUCGGCUGUUGAUGAUUCUCGUCAUGAAGAUAUUAUGACAAAAUACUAUAAAAGAGGACGGAUCGUUUCAUUGACAAUACUGUAUCUCGGUUAUGCCUCUGGAUUGUCUUUCAUCGUCAAAGCAUUGCCCUUUGGAGAGAUUCUGCCGUUCAAGAUGUUCCAAAACUCGGCGAAUUCAUCGGCAAAUCUAAAAGGUUCCUUGGAAAUGAAUUAUUUCCUGGCAAGCUAUUGUGUGUUUGGCUCGCUACCACUGCUCCAGCGGAUCUGCGUAUUGAUAUUGCAGGCAAUGCACAUUUUCGUCAACGCGGUUGCUCAUUGCGCCAACGAUGGAUUAUUCUUCAGCUUAACGAUGCAUCUCUGUGGCCAGUUCGAGGUUCUCAAGAUGAAUUUUAACAAGUUCGAGCUGCAGCAAUUUGGCUGCCACAAAAGGCUUCGAUUUCUCGUGAAACGACACUGUCAGCUCCUGAUGCUGGCCAAUGAUCUCGAGCAAACCUUCAAUAUGAUCAUUCUCGUACAGCUACUGAUGAGCGCCUUGUUAAUUUGCGUCGAAGGUUUCGUGUUCCUGGUCUGUCUGGCCACGAGAGACAACGUCGGUGCAUUGAAAAGCGUCAUUCUGAUGGUGACGUUACUUAUACAGCUGUACCUUUACGCGUAUGCAGGCGACGUUCUCGAGUCUCGAUCCAAUGAGAUAGCGCAUGGCGUGUACGAUUCGCCUUGGUAUCAACCUCGAGGACACGUAGCAAGGGAUUUGAUGAUGAUAAUCAACCGCGGACACAGGUCGUACCACGUGACAGCUGGGAAAUUCCUCUCGAUGAACAUAUUCACAUUCAAAGAAAUUCUGAGGUCAUCAGCUUCCUAUUUGUCUGUUCUGAAAGUAAUGAUGGACACGUGAAAACCAUUUGAUCGCGAGUGCUAUGUAUUUCUUUCGCGACCCUCGAUACAUCUAAGACUCAAACCUUCACAAACAUACCUAUGCACGAAGCAUGCUAUAAUUAAUUAAUCAUGAGUAUACAAUGGUUUGGAUCAGUGUAUGUGAAUAAAUAAGAAUUUUUCCAGAGUGCAA